CACAUUUGAAGAUUGUGCUUUGUGAUUCUUGUUUUGUCUUGAGAAGUCUGCAAGAGGAGGCAGGAGCUACGGAUUUGUUGCAUACUUCAAGGAGUCCCCACAGAACCGAACUGAGAGUCAUGUUGGUGGUCGCGGUGUUGCUGUUCGCCCUCUCCAGUGGUGUGACCUCGCUGGACAAACUCAACAUGUGCAUGGACGCAAAACACCACAAAGUAGAGCCCGGCCCUGAGGGACAACUCUACAGCCAGUGUGCUCCCUGGAAGGACAACGCCUGCUGCACAGCCAACACAAGCCAAGAGGCUCACGAAGACCAUUCUUACCUGUACAACUUCAACUGGAACCACUGUGGUCCUAUGAGGGAGGAAUGCAAGAGACAUUUUAUCCAGGACACUUGUUUUUAUGAGUGCUCACCACACCUGGGACCCUGGAUACAACAAGUGGACCAAAGCUGGAGAAAAGAGCGUAUCUUGAAUGUGCCCCUGUGUAAGGAGGACUGUGAAUCAUGGUGGAACGACUGCAAGAAUGAUUUCACCUGCAAAUCUGACUGGCACACAGGAUGGAACUGGACCAAAGAUGGUAAUAAAUGCCCUUCAGAAAGCAAGUGCAGGAAAUGGACUGAAGUUUUCCCCACAGCCAAGGACAUGUGUGAGAAAAUCUGGUCCAACUCUUACCUUUACACCGACCUGAACAAAACCUCGGGCCUCUGCAUGCAGAUGUGGUUCGAUGGGCCGAACCCCAACAAGAAAGUAGCCGAGUACUAUCUGGAAAACGCACAACACCGCCACACCUUCACCCCAAUAACACUUAUUUUCCUUACUGUCUCAACUUUCUUUGUAACAAUGCUCUCAGACUAAAUCCCUGACAC